AUGAUCCCCUCUUUCGCAGUUCUUCAUCUCAUCAUCAUGUCAGCAGAAUUCUUAACAGGAAUUACAGCAAAUGGUUUCCUUAUCAUCCUAAACUGCAACGAACUGAUCAAAUGCAGAAAGCUAAUACCAAUGCCAAUCCUAUUAACAUGCAUAGGGACGGCUCGAUUUGGUCUGCAGGUAGUGCUCAUGUUACAAACCUCUUUGUCUUUGUUUUGCCCUAUGUUUUAUAAAGAAAAAGUAUAUGGUGCCAUGCUGGUAGCUUUUUGGACAUUUUUCAGUUCUCUCAGUUUCUGGUUUGCCGCUUGCCUUUCAGUAUUUUACUGUCUCAAGAUCUCAGGCUUCAGUCAGCCCUGCUUUCUUUGGUUGAAGUUCAGGAUUUCCAAGGUAAUUCUCUGGCUGCUCCUAGGCAGCCUGUUGGCAUCUGCGAGCAUCGCAGUUCUAAGUGCCGAAGUCUUCUUCUCCACAAGUAGCAAGGGCGAUGUGCUCAGAAACACCACAGUCAGUAAGACUAAACUCAAGGCAAAAAAGACCAGUGAGAUACUUCUUGUCAACUUGGCAUUGCUACUCCCCCUGGGCAUAUUUGUGCUAUGCAUUUAUAUGUUGUUCAUGUCUGUUUCCAAGCACAUUCAGCGGCUGGCUCAUGGUUUCAGGAGUGUCAGCACAGAAGCCCAUGUAAAUGCACUAAGGAUGGUGAUAACAUUCUUCUGCUUCUUUAUUACAUAUUUUGCUGCUUUUAUGACAAAUUUAACAUUUUUAAUUCCAUACGGAAGUCAGUGGUUUUUUGUGAUGAAGGACAUAAUGGCUGCAUAUCCCUCUGGUCAUUCAGUCAUCAUAAUCUUCAGCAAUUCUAAGUUGCAACAACCAUUCAGGAGGAUUCUCUGCCUCAGAAGGAAAUGA